CAGAAGCGAAGUUGCGCGCGGCCAUGGACGUGCUCAGGAGGCGCUUGCUGGGCAUCAGCGUGGCCGUCGCGCACGGCGUCUUCUCGGGCACGUUGAACAUCCUCCUGAAGUUCCUCAUCAGCAACUUGCACUUCCGCUUCCUCACGCUCAUCCAGCUGUGCACGUGCAGCACGGCCGCGCUCGGCCUGGAGGUCCUGAGGAGGACCGGAAGGGUCUCCAUCCCCCCCUUCAGCCUCAGCCUCUUCAAGGAGUUCGCCCCGGUGUGCAUCCUGUCCACGCUGCAAUCCACGCUGACCUUGUGGUCUCUGCGGGGUCUCAGCCUUCCCAUGUAUGUGGUCUUCAAACGCUGCCUGCCCCUCUUCACGCUCUCCAUCGGCGUCUGCGUCCUCAAGAACGGCGUCCCCUCCCCUGGCGUGGUGACCGCCGUGCUCAUCACCACCGGGGGCGCUGCGCUGGCUGGUGCCGGAGACCUGAGUGGCGACCCGUUUGGUUACGUGACAGGCGUUCUGGCGGUCAUCAUCCACGCCUCCUACCUGGUCGUGAUCCAGAAGACCAGCGCGGACAGCGAACACGGACCCCUGACGGCACAGUACGCCAUCGCCAUCAUGGCCACUCCCGUGCUGCUGGUGUGCGCCGUCAUCUCCAUGGACGCCGUCAACAUGUGGUCGUACGGCGGCUGGAGCGACCCGCGGGUGGCCACCAUCUUCUUCUUCAGCGUGCUCAUUGGCUGCGCCAUGAACUUCACCACCUACCACUGCACCUACAUCAACUCCGCCGUCACCACCAGCUUUGUGGGCGUGGUCAAGAGCAUCGCCACCAUCACUGUGGGCAUGCUGGCCUUCAACGACGUGGCGCCCACUGCCAUGUUUGUGGGCGGAGUCAUUGUCAACACGGUGGGCUCCAUCACGUACUGCGUUGUCAAGUUCUUUGAGACCAAGAAGAAGAGCUCCUACGAGGACCUGGAGGAUGGCGAGAAGGAUGCGGCGCCCCCUCCUGGCGAGCCCUACCAAGAGACGCCUGAGCGCCACGCUGAGGAGAGCGCACCCGACGACAGGAAACCAGAAAAUGAGGGACCUCCACUGAAUGGGGGCCUGGAGGUCACCUUGGGAGGAGGAGCAGGGGGCGUCAUGACGGACGAGGAAGCUGUGGAGAUGCAGAGGGAGCAUCUUCACAAGGAGGGCGCCACCCCCGGGAGGCCAGCCAGCGACCACGUGGGCGUGUGGCGCUCCGUCAGAAGUCUGCACUUCUUCAAGAAGGACCCCCUCAUCGCCAACAUGGAGCAGCAGAGUCCCUGAGGGCAGAGCCGGGACGCACUUCCUGUGAAGCCCCAGCGUCUGUUAGCGUUAGCAGUGCUAGCUCCCGCACAUGCGCCUCGAGUUAGCGACAAGCUAACCUCCAUGUAGCAUGACAAAUGACAACCAGGCUAAGCGAGUGUAACCAAGAAAACACUCGUUAGCAUGCGCUAGCCACUGAGAUGCUAAUGUCCUUCUUCCUUUUAUGUGUGAUCAGUUUCAUGUCGUCAUGUUUGAUGUGGUCAUGUGAUGCUCGUCUUCGGAGGUUAGCCUAGCUUAGCAUCAGCACUCCUUGCAUGCGUGUUCAACAGGAGCACAGCGUUCCGUUGCUUCCUCUGCAGCUCGGGAACUUUUAUUUUGACGGGAAGUAACACGAAGUUACGAGACGUCAUGAUCUAAACACAGCGGCCGUCUGCACCCCCGAGGCGCCGGGCUAACUGUUAGCGGUGAAGGAGACAAGCGUGGGUGGUUGUGCGCCACAAAUGUCAGCCGGCAUGUUAGCAGCUAGCGCGCUAACAGACGUCGACACGUAAAACAUGUUGAAGAAAAGGUCGCUUUUGCGAGGCCUCCUGAUGGGGCGCACUCAUGCACCUGGCCUCAGGCCUCACAAACAAACAAAUAACAUAGAAAGCUGUCAAGCCUUCAUAUUGACUCACAUUGAUUUUUUUUUCUUCAUUUAACGCUACAAGAGACGCCGUGUGUCCCCGAGACAUGAGACACGCUUCACUGGGACGCUGUGACUCGGAGGUGAUAAUGACUAGCAGGAAGUCCUCCUGGAUCACUUUGGGAAGACAAAUAAGCUCCUUUCAGAGGACUCCGAAGACAAAGACUCAUUUGGACAAAACGGGACACUUUAGGAUUGGUUGAAAAAAAAUGAAAUGACAAAAUUGAGCCACAGGAGGGCGCUAAGCAGCUGAUUGAUUGACAAAAGCAAAUCAUCAACACCGUUUGUCCGUGUGUGUCCGUGUGUGUGUCUGUUGUGUGUGUUUGUGUGCAGCAUG